CCCCGGCUUCCGGCAGGGGGCCCGGCGGCAGGCGGCUGUCCGGCAGCAGCGGGGCCCUGGGCUGGGGUGGGGGUCGCCCAAGAUGGCGGCGGGCGGCGCGGAGGGUGGCUCGGGCCCCGGCGCUGCCAUGGGGGAUUGUGCGGAGAUCAAGUCGCAGUUCCGCACCCGCGAAGGCUUCUACAAGCUGCUCCCCGGCGACGGCACCGCUCGCAGGUCGGGUCCGGCUUCCUCCCAGACCCCGGCGCCGCCCCAGCCGCCGCAGCAGCCCCUGCCCGGCCCUGCCUCCACCUCCGGCCCCGGUGCUGCGGGCCCCGCGCCGUCCCCUCCGCCCGCAGGCCCAGGGCCCGGGCCCGCGCUGCCUGCGGUGCGCCUCAGCCUCGUGCGCCUGGGGGAGCCCGACGGCGCCGGGGCCGGGGAGCCUCCCGCCACGCCCGCAGGGCUGGGCGCUGGGGGAGACCGCGUCUGCUUCAACUUGGGCCGCGAGCUCUAUUUCUACCCGGGCUGCUGUCGCCGCGGGAGCCAACGGUCCAUUGACCUCAACAAGCCAAUUGACAAGCGGAUCUAUAAGGGCACCCAGCCCACUUGCCACGACUUCAACCAGUUCACUGCUGCCACAGAGACCAUCUCCCUGCUGGUGGGAUUCUCAGCCGGUCAAGUGCAGUACCUGGAUCUCAUCAAGAAGGACACCAGCAAGCUAUUCAAUGAGGAGCGGCUUAUCGACAAGACCAAGGUGACAUAUCUGAAGUGGCUGCCUGAGUCAGAGAGCCUGUUCCUGGCAUCACACGCCAGCGGCCACCUGUACCUGUACAACGUCAGCCACCCGUGCGCCUCGGCCCCGCCGCAGUACAGUCUGCUGAAGCAGGGUGAGGGCUUCGCCGUCUACGCCGCCAAGAGCAAGGCGCCCCGCAACCCGCUGGCCAAGUGGGCGGUGGGCGAGGGGCCCCUCAACGAGUUCGCCUUCUCGCCCGACGGCCGGCACCUGGCCUGCGUCAGCCAGGACGGCUGCUUGCGCGUCUUCCACUUCGACUCCAUGCUGCUGCGGGGGCUCAUGAAGAGCUACUUUGGGGGCCUGCUCUGUGUGUGCUGGAGCCCCGACGGGCGCUACGUCGUGACGGGUGGUGAAGAUGACCUGGUCACCGUGUGGUCCUUCACCGAGGGCCGCGUGGUGGCCCGAGGCCACGGCCACAAGUCCUGGGUCAACGCCGUGGCCUUCGACCCCUACACCACAAGGGCCGAGGAGGCGGCGGCUGCCGGUGGCGACGGGGAGCGGAGUGGCGAGGAGGAGGAGGAGCCGGAGGCCGCGGGCACAGGCUCGGGCGGGGGCGCCCCCCUCUCCCCGCUGCCCAAGGCCGGCUCCAUCACCUACCGCUUCGGCUCGGCCGGCCAGGACACGCAGUUCUGCCUGUGGGACCUCACCGAAGACGUGCUCUACCCUCACCCUCCCCUGGCCCGCACCCGCACCCUCCCCGGCACGCCUGGCACCACGCCGCCUGCCACCGGCAGCUCGCGAGGUGGUGAGCCAGGCCCCGGGCCCCUGCCCCGCUCGCUGUCCCGGUCCAACAGCCUCCCACACCCAGCGGGCAGCGGCAAGGCGGGCGGCCCGGGUGCGGCGGCGGAGCCGGGGACGCCCUUCAGCAUCGGCCGCUUUGCCACGCUCACGCUGCAGGAGCGGCGGGACCGGGGGGCCGAGAAGGAGCACAAGCGCUACCACAGCCUGGGCAACAUCAGCCGGGGUGGCAGUGGGGGCGGGGGCGGCGGGGACAAGCCCAGCGGCCCCGCCCCCCGAAGCCGGCUGGACCCCGCCAAGGUGCUGGGCACCGCGCUGUGCCCGCGCAUCCACGAGGUGCCGCUGCUCGAGCCGCUCGUGUGCAAGAAGAUCGCCCAGGAGCGGCUCACGGUCCUCCUCUUCCUGGAGGACUGCAUCAUCACCGCCUGCCAGGAGGGCCUCAUCUGCACCUGGGCCCGGCCGGGCAAGGUGUUCACAGACGAGGAGACCGAGACCCAGACAGGGGAAGGAAGUUGGCCCAGGUCACCCAGCAAGUCAGUGGUAGAGGGCAUCUCCUCCCAACCAGGCAACUCCCCAAGCGGCACAGUGGUGUGAAGCCAUGGAUGUCGGGGUCCCCCACCCCAUGCCCCCAGCUCCUAGCAUAACCGUCCCCGCUGACCUCAUGGAUCAACGUAUUAACAGGACUAACCAUGACGGAUGGACUGCUCCGGUCCCUCUCCCUGCACAAAUUUGGGGCAGAGGGUCCCUCAGACUGGCCCAGACACUGGGGGGAUGUAGUGGCCCAUGUGGCCUCAGCCUUGUCCCCACCACUGCCAAGUACAAUGACCCCUUCCUCUGAAACAUCAGUGUUAGCCUCAUCCCUGUCCCCAGCAUGUGACUGGUCACUCCUGGGGGAGAAACUCCCCGCCCACAAGAGCCCCAGCUCUGCAGUGCGCCUCUCGGUCCUGUGUGCAGGGCAGGGGGUGGCCCACCCCUCCCCUGGCCCCCGCCCUGCCCUUGCUGUUACUUGUGCUUUUGAAGAAUGUUAAAUUAUGGAAGCCCCUGGGGUCCUCUCUGUCCCCCAGGACCUCUUAUUUAUACUAAAGUUCCCUGUUUUCA